CCCUUGUCUCGUCCGUUGUUGCUGUUGCUCCAGUUUCAAAUCACUCGGUCUAAUCAAAGGACUCUUAUACUAAGCAUUCUAAUCUUCUUAUAAUCCUUGUUUUGUUUGUUAGAACUAUCUAGUUUGCUUCUCUGCCUCUGUGUUAUAUCUGUCCUGGUCUUCCCUUACAUUCAACAUCUACAGACCUUUCCAUAUUGUACCGGCAGCACCAUGCAUACCGCUGCUCUCUUCCUUGCUCUCUCCCUCUCUGCCCAUGCGGUGCCUGUCCUCAACGCUCGUGGAAAUCACACCGUCGAGCGUAGAGAAGAAGGUCCCUACAAAGUCGUGAAUGUUGCGGGCCCUACUACUCCCGUUGUCGAGACCAUCACUGCGACCAAUCCUCCGGCACCGCCCACCACUAUCACCGUCACUGAGUACCCCUCGUCCACACCGGCUUCUGUGCCUGGCGCUUCUCCCUCACCCUGGAAUGCCGGGCCUACCGUGGAUGGUGCUCCGCUGGAACGCCGCCACACCAACAGCAGCGCAAGCGCACUGAGCCGACGCGCGCUGUUUGAGGAGGAUGCCCCUACCAACAACACUGCGAGCCGGCGUGGGCUCGUGGAAGAUGCUACCAACAGCACUCUCAGCCGACGCGUGCUGUUUGAGGAGGAUGCCCCUACCAACAGUACCGCGAGCCGACGUGGAAUCCUCGACGAUGCUACCAACAGCACUCUGAGCCGACGUGGGAUGUUUGAGGACGCCCCUACCAACAGUACCGCGAGCCGACGUGGAAUCCUCGACGAUGCUACCAACAGCACUCUGAGCCGACGUGGGAUGGUGGAGGAUGCUACCAACAGCACCGAAAAGCAUGCAAUGGCCGCUCGCAGUAACACCACUUCCGAAGUUUUGGCUCGUAGCCUGAACGAGACAGCUGUGCAGACUCGGCAGCUCAAGGAUGCCCUUGUUUCCGAGCAUUACAAUGCCAGCGAUGUUAGUGGCAAGUUCGGGGUUAUGGCUCGGGAUACUCAGAAGCCCGAGAACGCCACCGAUAUUGGCAGCAAGGUCGCAGUUCGCGCUCGGAAUGAUACAGUUUUGCAGACACGGGCAUUCAAUGACACCCCCUCUGACACCGCCGUCAUGUCUUCCAGGCCCCACGCCAGGGGCCUGAACCACACAGACUCUCAGGCGUAGAGUCAUCUUCAGGGGUCAUUGUGACGCUUGCCCCAGGUUCUGCCAUAUCGUUCUGCAGGUUUGAGAAAUUGUUGCCAACGACUGGUAUGA